GCGAAGCGGCAGUCAAUCGAGCGACAAUGCUGGCUUUGAAGAUUUUGGUACUAUUCGCAGCGCUUGGCUGCCAGGCUCUGGUCCCCGACCCGACGACGACGAUYUGCCCGUCGACACCCAAGGACAGCAACUUCGGCGACGAUUCGCUGUGCCCCAACUUCCAGGAGUUGAGCGGCGUCAUCGAGGUGAAUACACUAGCGGAGCUCAUACAGGGCCACUCCCAGUGCGAUGCCAAGUUCCGCAAGGCCAUGUCCUACUACCAGACGAAGCGCUUCCAGCUGGUGAUUCAGGAGCUGCAGCAGAGCGAGGCCUACGUGACGCUGCUGAGAGAUCUGCGCAGCGCCGGCGUCGAUACCAGCGACAUUGACAACAUCAUGGACAUCUUCGACUGCCUGGAUCAGCCGUGGCCAACAACGCAGCAGCCGCCAUACGCCAACAAGACCUGCGACUGCAAGCAGCUGCGCGGCCGCAACUUUGUGGGCGAUCUACUGGCCGCCAUGCCCAAUCAGGAGGUGCACAGCUAUACGGCCGAGGCCAGGGCAAAGCAUAACAACUUUGGACUCUUUGCGGACACCAUCAGCUCGCCGGCCUUCCAGUCGCGCCUGCGCACCAAUAUGCUGAAACGGGAUGCCAUGCGCCCGUUGCGCGUGCUGCGUCGCUAUGGCUGGAAUGUGCCCGAGAUGCUCAGCGCUGCCGUGUCCAUACUCUCCUGGUGAUCGACAUGGACAAAGGGCAAGCACCACAAUUCCAUAUGUGUAAAGCUAUUGCAAUUGAAUCUGUAGAAAAUGCUAAAAACUUGAAUAGAUGAGCGCUGUCAGCUGCUCAGAAAUUCUAGCAGAGAG